ACACACUGGUGUGUUUUUGUUUUGAUGUUGUAGAAUCUUCUCAUUCUAUAUUUUUUUAAAAAUAAUAAACACUAACUUAUUAUAGUUAUUAUUUUGAUUUGAUGAGAAAAAUAUAAUGCCAUGGAGGAUACAAAUAGUAAAGACAUAGAUAUGAUGGAUUCUGAUGCUCCGGUGACAUCUUCGCCGGCGUUUGCUCCGACUACGCCGGAAAUAUCAUCUGUUUCCGGUCAAAUUGAAGUUGCUAGAGGAUUAUUAACAGUUGCUCGCCAACUUAUUGAUCAAGGCAAGCCUUCUGAAGCCCUUCAAGCGGUAUUGACAGCAAUGAGAGCUAAAGGGGGAGAAGUAGCUGCUUCUCAAGCACUAAACCGGGCGAAAGAACUCUAUAGAAAUAAAAUACAUGAAACCGCUGCGGCUGAUGAACUCACAUCGUUGUUGGCAGAAUGUGCAAUUAACGAGGCAUUUCCCACAAUGGCCAGACCACCGUCUACACCUAAUAGCAUACCCGACACCCCAUCACUUGAACCAGAUACUACUAUACUUGCAGAAACUGGAAGAAAGCAAAUUGUGGUGGAUGCAUUCUCUGACGGUAGUAGCUUUGUUUGUCAACAAUGUGGUGGCCUUGUUAGUAACGACCGCAGAGACGAGCACUAUACCUUCUGGUGUGGGCGUAGCUGAUAUUUUACACGCUUCUUGUGUAAAUGGUGAUUUCAUCUCCGCUGAGAUUUGUCAUGAUUUCAAUGUAUAAUGUUUUUAGCCCCUCUGAAAUAGUGUAAUAAAACAUCUCUAAACCCAGAGUUCAAGGUAAAAUAAUAAACCAAAGUUGAAAAGGCCA